CUAUCUUUUUUCCUGGUUGUAGUUUCAGUUCAAAUAUCCAUGAAGCUCCAAAUCUCUUGCUCUUCCCUUAGUGUACCAGCAAUUAUUCCUCGACAUUACAAUAGGUUGAUACCAAUUAAUCCCACAAUCAAAAAUACGAAAUCCUACAAUUUUUCUUCAAAGUGCUCCACCAAUAAAUCGAUCCUCCCUGUGCAGCUCUAUGGUGAAAGGGGAUUCUCGAAAUUCUUAAUACACGGCAAAGAUAAGCGCAAUUCCAUCCGGGGAUGCGCUCAAGAUGAAUUUGCUGAUUCGCAUCCGGUGCUUGCCGAAGUUAAAGAUAAAUCAGACGGCCGACAUAUACUUGCCAAAGUUUUACGUUUUGGAUCUUCUUGGUUUAGUUUUACAAGGCCCAUUUCAAUGUAUCAACUUGGUUUAGCAGCCAUUUGUUUGUAUGGAAGAGGAUUUGUUGAGAACCCGCACUUGUUUAAAUGGUCUUUAUUGGUCAAGGCAUUCCCGGGUUUAAUUGCUGUAUUGCUUGCAAACGCUAAUUUUAUGGGCAUCAAUCAGAUUUACGAUGCAGAUAUUGACAGGGUGAAUAAACCUGAUUUACCAAUACCAUCAGGAGAACUUUCGAUACGACAAGCUUGGUUUUUGGCGGUAUUUGAAGCACUAGCUGGCCUGCUCAUUCUCCGAUUGAUGAAUGCCAACCUCAUUACUACUGCUCUCUACUGUUUUGGUCUUUUUCUAGGCGCCGCCUAUUCUGUUCCUCCCAUUCGAUUCAAAAGACAUUCUGCUACAACAUCUGUUGGGCUUGGAAUGGUCAGUGCCAUUAAACAUAUCGGUAUACUUUAUGCCUCCAGAGUUUCUCUUGGACUUCCAUUUUGGUGGAGCCCCCCAAAUGUUGUGAUCAUUACCUUUAUUGUAUCAUUUUUCCUAGUCUUUACCCUUACAAAAGAUAUUCCAGAUGUGGAAGGUGAUAUGAA